CUAAACGCCCGCCCAUUAUUCGUCAUCCGACUCUCGUCGAUUAAUAAGUUGUGAUGACGAGUCUUCAAUCGGGCUUCUCUGCUUCCUUCCUCUUAUCUUCUUCUUGCUCUUCUUGUCAAAGAUUCAGUCCUCUACUCUUCUCUCAACGACGCUGUUCUAACUUCAUCCUCUCUCGGCGGCAUCUCAAUCGCCGCCUCAAACCAAGAUUACGGCAUGCAGUUACGGAGAAUUCGAAGCUCGAUUGCAAGAGAAAAUCUCGUGCCGCGGCAGAGGAUGGUGUGUUUACUUCUCCCGAGGAGGCAAAGUCCUUUGACCUUUCUUCAGAAGAAAGAAUAUAUAAAUGGUGGGAAUCUCAAGGGUAUUUUAAGCCAAAAUUUGACCGGGGAAGUGAUACUUUUGUGGUAUCAAUGCCACCCCCUAAUGUUACUGGCUCGCUGCAUAUGGGGCAUGCAAUGUUUGUUACUCUUGAGGAUAUCAUGGUUAGAUACCACCGCAUGAAAGGAAGAGACACACUUUGGCUUCCAGGGACUGAUCAUGCUGGAAUUGCAACUCAGUUGGUGGUGGAAAGAAUGCUUGCAUCUGAAGGAAUAAAAAGGGCAGAACUGGGCAGAGAUGAGUUUGUGCAACGGGUUUGGGAAUGGAAAAAGAAAUAUGGUGGAACCAUUACUAAUCAGAUUAAGAGGCUUGGUGCCUCUUGUGACUGGACUAGAGAACAUUUCACCCUUGAUGAGCAACUAAGUCGAGCUGUAAUGGAGGCCUUUGUUAGACUUCAUGAAAAAGGCUUAAUUUAUCGAGGGUCUUACUUGGUGAAUUGGUCCCCUAAUCUUCAAACUGCAGUCUCAGACCUGGAAGUAGAAUAUUCUGAAGAACCUGGUACUCUAUAUUAUAUUAAGUAUCGCGUUGCUGGAGGUUCAAGGAGUGACUUCUUGACGAUAGCAACAACUCGUCCUGAGACUUUAUUUGGGGAUGUAGCCGUUGCAGUGCAUCCUAAGGAUGAACGCUAUUCCAAGUACAUUGGGAUGAUGGCUAUAGUUCCUAUGACAUAUGGUCGUCAUGUUCCUAUUAUCUCUGACAAGUAUGUAGACAAAGACUUUGGGACUGGCGUGUUGAAGAUAAGCCCUGGACAUGAUCAUAAUGAUUACCUUCUUGCUAGAAAGCUUGGCCUUCCAAUACUUAAUGUGAUGAACAAGGAUGGGACUCUUAAUGACGUUGCUGGACUGUUUUGUGGUCUUGAUCGGUUUGAGGCACGUAAGAAAUUGUGGUCAGAUCUUGAGGAGACAGGUUUAGCUGUCAAAAAGGAGCCUCACACCUUACGAGUUCCCAGAUCCCAACGUGGUGGGGAAGUAAUUGAGCCAUUAGUAAGUACACAAUGGUUUGUGACUAUGGAGCCCUUAGCUGAGAAGGCCCUUCAUGCAGUCGAAAAGGGAGAUUUAACUAUUAUUCCUGAAAGAUUCGAGAAGAUUUAUAAGCACUGGCUAUCAAACAUUAAGGAUUGGUGUAUAAGCAGACAACUCUGGUGGGGACAUCGCAUCCCAGUUUGGUACGUUGUGGGAAAGGACCUUGAUGAAGAAUUUAUAGUUGCACGGAGUGCAGAUGAGGCCUUAGAGAAAGCUCAUGAGAAAUAUGGAAAAGAUGUAGAGAUAUACCAGGAUCCAGAUGUUCUUGACACUUGGUUUUCAAGUGCACUCUGGCCUUUCAGUACUCUGGGGUGGCCAGAUGAUUCAGCAGAGGAUUUCAAGAAAUUUUAUCCGACAACAAUGCUUGAAACUGGGCAUGACAUUUUGUUCUUUUGGGUGGCAAGGAUGGUUAUGAUGGGAAUUGAGUUCACAGGCUCUGUUCCAUUUUCGUAUGUUUAUCUUCAUGGACUUAUUCGUGACUCCCAAGGGCGAAAAAUGUCUAAAACACUGGGGAAUGUAAUAGAUCCAAUUGACACGAUCAAAGAGUUUGGCACUGAUGCUUUAAGAUUUAGUCUUGCUCUAGGAACUGCUGGCCAGGACCUCAAUCUGUCAACUGAGAGGUUGACUGCCAACAAGGCUUUCACUAACAAACUAUGGAAUGCUGGCAAGUUUGUGUUGCAGAACUUACCGCGUGAAAAUGACAUAUCUUCUUGGGAAAAGAUACUGGCUCAUCAGUUUGACAAAGAGGAAUUUACACUUGGGCUUCCUCUACCAGAAUGUUGGGUGGUCUCACAGCUUCAUAUGCUUAUUGAUUCGGUGUCCUUAAGCUAUGACAAGUUUUUCUUUGGCGAUGCUGGAAGAGAGAUAUAUGAUUUUUUUUGGAGUGACUUUGCUGAUUGGUAUAUUGAAGCUAGUAAAGCUCGUCUUUACCACUCUGGAAAUGGUUCUACUGCUUCAGUGGCACAAUCAGUUUUAUUGUACGUUUUUGAGAAUGUACUUAUGCUGCUACAUCCUUUUAUGCCAUUUGUGACCGAGGAAUUGUGGCAGGCACUCCCAUACAGGAAAGAAGCUCUUAUGGUUUCAGCAUGGCCCCGGACACCACUUCCUAGGCAUUCUAACUCAAUAAAAAAGUUUGAAAAUUUACAAGCUCUGACGAGAGCUAUUCGGAAUGCUCGAGCAGAAUACUCUGUUGAGCCAGCGAAACGUAUAUCUGCAACUAUAGUUGGAAGUGAUGAAGUGAUCAGAUAUAUAUCUGAAGAGAUGGAGGUUUUAGCACUUCUAUCCAGGCUAGAUGCACAAAAUAUUCGCUUCACAGAUUCUCCUCCAGGAGAUGCAAAUCAAUCUGUCCACCUGGUUGCCAGUGAAGGGUUGGAAGCAUAUCUACCUCUUGCUGAUAUGGUUGAUAUUUCUCUAGAGCUUGCACGCCUUUCUAAGCGCCUUUCUAAGUUGCAAACAGAGUAUGAUGGGCUUUCAACUCGCCUUUGUUCGUCUCAGUUUGUGGACAAAGCUCCGGAGGAUGUUGUCCGUGGGGUACGAGAAAAGGCAGCAGAAACAGAAGAGAAGAUAAUCCUUACCAAGAAUCGAUUGGCUUUUCUUAAAUCCACUGUUCCGGUCCCAAAGUAGCUUCCACUUUGGCUUGAUUCCGUUCUGACUGAAUUUCUACUUGGUC